CUUCUGGAGCUCGCAGUCAGCAUUAGCAAUCGCAAUAGAAGAAGAAGAAGAAGAAGAAGAAGCAAACAUAUCCUGAAGGGAAGGGAAGAGAAGAGAACCCACUCGAUUUCAAUUUCAGUUUCGCGACAAUGGACGCAGACACAGCUCUGGAGCUCGUGAGGCGAGGCGUCACGCUGCUUCUUCUCGACGUUCCUCAGCACACUCUCCUCGGCAUCGAUACUCAGAUGUUUUCUAUUGGACCUGCUUUCAAGGGGCUUAAGAUGAUUCCUCCCGGUAUUCAUUUUGUCUACUACAGCUCUUCGAGCAGAGAUGGCAAAGAGUUCUCACCAAUUGUAGGAUUUUUUGUUGAUGCUGGUCCGUCUGAGGUUGUCAUUCGAAGGUGGAAUGCUGAAGAAGAGCGAUUAGCUAGUGUGUCUGAAGAAGAGGCAGAGAGGUAUUGUCAAGCAGUAAGAAGUAUGGAGUUCGAUAGACAACUGGGUCCUUAUGAUCAGAACCGAUUUGGAGAUUGGAAGCGUUUAUCCAAUUACAUUACUAAGGAAACUAUUCAAAGACUUGAACCCAUUGGAGGAGAAAUCACGGUCACGAGUGAGUCAGAGAUCUUAAAGAACACCCCAAAAACAGCAAUGGAAAAAGCUUUAGAUGAACAACUGACAACAAAGAAGGGUUCAGCUACUGAGGACAUGUCUCAGGGUAGGGGAUGUUAUUACACAUCCAUUCCCCGCUUUGUCAAGCGCCAAGGAAUUGAAAGCCAUGAACUUACUUCUUUAAAUCUCGACAAGACACUAUUGCUCGAAACCAUACUUGCAACAGAAUUUGGAGGCUCGGAAGACUUGCUUCUUGGGGAAUUCCAAUUUUCCUUUAUCGCAUUUCUGAUGGGACAAUCAUUGGAAUCAUUUUUCCAGUGGAAAGCUUUGGUUGGCCUUUUGCUUGGUUGCACUGAAGCUCCUUUCCAGACGAGAACUCAGCUGUUCACAAAGUUUGUUAGGGUGAUCUACUAUCAGCUCAAGCACGGACUUCAAAAGGAGACUGCAGACAACAGGAAUACAGAGCAGGGAACAUCAGCGCUAUUGGAUGAUUUGUGGUUUUCUACCGAUAGCUUUUUGCACCGACUUUGCAAGGAUUUCUUUUCGUUGGUGCUAGGUGCUCCAGUUGUUGAUGGAGAACUUCUAUCUUGGACGAGGAAAUUUAAAGAACUACUUGAGAAUGCUCUUGGAUGGGAGUUCCAGCAAAAUAGUGCUGUUGAUGGAAUGUAUUUCGAUGAAGAUGAUGAAUUUGCUCCCACCAUUGAAAUUAUUGACGACCAAAAUCUGUAGUGCGGCUGUGACAGCGGGAGCAUGCGCAUCAGUCUACUGCUCUAUUUCAUAACGAAGCAUGUCAUUGCAUCUAGGGAGAACUUGCAAUAGAAUCAUCUCUUAAUCAAGUUCACGUAAUGUUAUGCUUUUGAAACUUUACCAGUUCAUGAUCGGUCGGAUGCCCUGUAAAUAGAAGUGUGUGAUUAAACCCCUGGCUCUCCUUCUCUUAUUGUAAGUGGUUGACUGGCAGUAGGAUUUGACAUAUCGAGUCAGUAAUGACCGGGGAAAGUGUUGCAUGACAUCAUAGAAGCUCCUGAAGACUUCUUUUGUGUGUGUGUGUGUGUGGAAGUCAUGUAUAUUUUCAUCAGAUAGUUUCCCCCAGAUUUGAUGAAGACCAGUUGAAACGUGAGCCAAAUCAUGUGUUGAAGCUGCAACAAUUUCAUGGCGAUGCAAUCAUGGUAUCUUCUUCGAUGGCCCGAGAAGCAAAAGCACUGUCAUUUUGUUAUGGAUUGGAUAAACUAUCCGUAUCGAGUUGAUUCAGUAAUGAACUUUUGCAACUCAUUUCCUGGGGUGAAUGCGAGUAUUAAGCAAAUUGCUUGAUAUAUUGUUAUC